UUCGACAUGACUCUCCUCAGGACACUGAUGGCCCUCGCCGGCCUGUUCUUGGCCGCGGUGGCCGCCGCACCCACCCAGCAAAACCAACUUGUCAACAUGAUCUAUUGCUUCAACGAGCAGGGUGAUGAGUUCUGGCCAUGCGUGAAACAGCGCGCUUUGACGCUCAUGGACAAAGCCCUGACUGUGGAUCGCGUGUCCCUGAUGGACGGUCUGGUAACCUUGGAAAGAGACCCCAGACAGGUGCACCCUACAACCUUCCAAGAGGAUGAUUCGAACCUUCCAAAAAGCCCCGAAGCGCGCAAUGAUCAACUGGAUCAACUUUUGAUGAGCAGGACGAGUGCCUUGCUCGAAUCGACUUCGCUCAGGAUCAAACUGCCCUCGCAGCAAACCUUUGAAGGACGAGUGAAGAAGUUUAAGAAGUUGGCCGCGCCCCUCAUCAUUGUGCUGGCCAUGGUGGCGUUGGCCGCCGUGGCCAUGAAGGCCGUCGUCGUGAGCAAAGUGGCACUGGCCAUCGUCUCGUGGAUCUUCAUCAAGAACUUCCUGAACGGCGGCGAGAAGAAGGAGAAGUUUGAGAUCAUCGCAAAGCACCCUGAGUCUCACGACACCCACAGUUACCACCAUGAGUCGACCAACCACGUGCCCAUUGUUGUCAAGGACCAAGCACACCAAGGAGGACUCUACGGCCGCUACUUUGACGCCCAAAACCUGGCCUAUCAAGCGCAAAAACCUGCCGACGACAAAAUUCGAGCUUAAAAUUAUUAUUUAUUUAUUCCAUAAUUUAUUUCAAUAUAGCAAUCAUUGUAAAAUGAACUGUGAAUGCUUCAAGAAUUAUAAAAAUAUGAACGAUUUAAAAAAAUAUGUCAAUCAGCUUCUUAAAUCAAAUUAUUUAGUGGAAUUUUUAUUUUGAGACGGGAAUAAAUCUCUGAUUUUGGUUGGUGCUAAAGUAAAAAUCGUCAAAUAUGGUGUCACAAAGAAUUGAUUGAUGGUCAAAACACCUUGAAAACUUCAGAUGAAACUAUUUAAAUCAUCUAAUUAUUGGCUGCAGUUCUCCCACCACUC